GGGAGUUGCCCUCUUGCGUUUGUGUGUCUUCAGCCAGCACAUUGCACUCUCAGCGCAACAUCUUUUAACGAUUCCACGUACGCCCCACCGAGGAAGUGGUCCACAGAGAUAAUGGAGGACACCGCGGCCUCCGAUCAGGAGAAACAGUGCUCUAACUGCAAGCGGUUCAUCUCUGCCAAUGCCUUUCUCCUGCACGAGGCCCACUGUCGACGUCACCUCCGACUCUGCGAGGUGUGUCAGGAACCGGUUCCACUCCAGGACAUGGAGGAACACCACCGGGAAAACCACGCCCCCCAGUCAUGUGACCAUUGUGGGGCCACCAUGCCUGCCGACAGACUUGAGGAGCACCUGGAGAGCCAGUGCCCAGAGAGGGAAGUCAACUGCAAAUAUUGCGAGCUGGAAGUCAGGGCUGGGGACUACGACUCGCACAUCGAGACCUGCGGCUCGCGGACCGAUUUCUGCGACAGAUGCAACGUGCGAGUCAUGCUCAAAGACAUGGAGGAACACAAACUGGCCAAGUGCAGCGACCUCAAGGUCGGCGACGGGUUACACCUGGAGCCCACUCUCGAAAAUCUGCCCUCCGCCUACAUGGACGGAUUCGCCGGGGACGGUUUUUCCGCGGGGGCGUCCUCUCAGGGGGUCCUGAUGGGAGAUGGAGCCGAGGGGGCAUUUGGAGGGAUCAGAAUUCUCGGGGGGUUCGGCAUGGCCCCUCAGCAGUGGAGUAGAGAAGAAAAUCUUGAGUUGGACCAGGAGUGGCUGCAGGAGGUGGGCGGAGUGUGCGAGGGAGAGGAUCUGGAUCGGAUGAUGGCCCAGGCCAUCGCUAUGGAGACCAACCAGCAAGCCACUUCCAACGACCACCUCUUUGGCAUCGACGACCGUUUCCGUAGAGAAGACCACUAUGCCAACGUAGUCAGGGAUAUGGAGGACGAGAGGGAAGCUAAUGACGAAGAAAUGGCGAGAAGAUUGCAAAACACGUUUGACCACGAAUACAACUUGGAGAGAACUGACGAAAAUCUCGCCAGACAACUCAGGAGGGAGGAAGAGACUGUCGGUGUACCCGACUCGCCACCUUUGACCUCCGUUCUUUCCGCCGGGACUAACACUCCAAUUAGUGCCCACCACCCCCAGGAACCUCUGACCUCGCAUCUCCCGACCGUAGACUACCAGACUUCAAUGCAGAGAACGCGGUUUUCGGUUCCAGGAGGGAGGGAGGGAGACAAUGACAAUAAUGACGAGGAGGAAUGGAGACGAGAAAGGGAGAGGUUGCGGGAGGAAGAGAGGGAGAAGGAGAGGGAGCAGGAGAGGGAGAAGGAGAGGGAGAAGGAGAGGGAGCAAUUGAGAGAGAGAUUAAGGGAGGAGGAGAGGGAGGGGGAACAGCUGAAAGAGAGACUGAGGAAGGAGGAGAGGGAAAGGGAGCACCUUUUACGGAGAUUGAGGGAGCAAGUGAGGGAGGGGCAGGGUCAUAGUGAAGAAAGAAAGCUUCUCACAGGGAGACUUGAUAUGGAGGAGAGGGGCCGAAUGGCAUCCAAAGUCGAGAGAGACAUGUGGAGAGUCCGGCAGAACGGCGACGAGGCGAUGGGUGCAGAAUACGACCACGGUGAGGACGCCCCUGAGAAGAUUGGCGACGCGGAACUGGCGUACAAACUCCAGAAGAAGGAGAUAGAAGAUGCGAGGAUCGCGGCGAUGAAGAAGAAUGAAGAGAUGCUAGCCGAGAUUGAGAGGAAGCAGAUGGAGAUGAAGAGCACUGAGCUCAUCAUCCGAAUGAGCAAGGAGGACAUGGAGUACAACAUGAAGAAGCUUGCCGAGCACAAGGCCAAGAUUGACAGUCUCACACAACAGAUACAAGAACUGUCGGAGAAGAAGGUGAGAGGAAGAUACUGGAGUGAAACUGGGGCGACGCCAGGAAAGUGGGACGCAGAUUUUUACCCGAGACACGAGUAUGACGAGUCUCAUUUUGAUGAGCCUCCCCCAACUCCUCCCAAUUCUCCUCCUGCCAGCCCCUCACCACCGCAGAGCCCCGUACCCACGUCCAGCUCCGCUGCCGAUUACGUCAGAUUGGAACGGAACGACGACGAGGACGAACCACGUCCCAAACCCAUUCCAAAGUCACAUCCACAGGACAGGGAGAAGAUACCGUGUCAAUUCUGCCAAAAGUCGUUCCCACUUGAUGUCAUCAUGAGUCAUCAGGUCAUGUGACUAAAAUUAGUUUUAGCUCCGCAUGUACAGCCUGAGCAAUGCCUUAUGGGGAUGAAUCUCGUUGGUUCAAAACCACAAGUGCUGCGCUCAUGGCAGCCUUUAUAAACUCUUGAUGCCAGAGAGAGAAGUUGCGGUAUGCUCUGCUGAUGAGGGCCAACAAGCCCGAAACAGCUGUCCAGAGCUCCCAUCUUCUUUCUCUUGGCAUCACAUGGUAUUUUCUACAUGUUAGUUACCAUUACCGCACUUCACUUGCCUUAGUAGCAUGUAGUGGGCCUACUUAUGCAUUAUGCCAGUAGGAGUGUGUAUGGAGAAAACUACAUUCGUCAUACUGCCUCAGUGUAAAGCACUGAAUGGCAAAUGGUCAUAUGACAAUGCUAGGCUUAUUCACAAGAUUCGUGUUUUCAUUCAACUAUAUUUAUGUACAUACGUACUUACAGCACCACUGCAGGGCGGGGUCUGUACAUGGG